AUGGAAUAAUUAUUGCCGAUAGUUAUUCGGGAAUAUAAUGUCUUUAAGCAAUAUAUCAAGGAGUUUUACAAACAAACACCAAUGCAAGAAUACACAAGGUCUUUCGAUGUUUUUGAUACUGCAGUAUUGGUGGCAAUUUUGUGUGUGUCAGGACUAUGGGCAUUAAGAAAUCUGAAAUUUCCAAACAGAGAUUACAAUCAAAGUUUGUUUGGAUACUUUUAGGCUUAAAUAUUUCUAUUCCUGGUAAACUAUUGUCCAGGAGUCAACUCCUACAUUGAAAAGAAGAAAUCUGAGGCUUUGCAAUCUUUCAAUGAUUCAAUGGAGAAGAUGACAACAAAAAAAACAUUAAAGCUUCCUGAUAAUGGAGUUGAUACUGAGGCUAUGAUGGAAAAAAUGAAGGAUUGGAUAGAAAGAGAUAGUAAAAAUUAUGGCAGCGGUAAAGUGUCUGGAUCAUUGUACGUAAUGCCAGAUAAAUAAUUUAUAAAAAAUGCUUAAGAUUUUUGUAAGCAUUUUCUGUAUUCAAAUCCAAUGCAUGCUGAUCUUUGGCCAGCAACAAGGCAGAUGGAAGCAGAAGUUAUUAGAAUGACCGGAGAUCUAUUUGGAUAAGAAAAAGAAAGUAUAGGUAUACUCACAACUGGAGGAACAGAGUCAAUCCUUUUAGCUAUGUUAGCAUACAGAAAUUGGGGAGAAUCAUAAAAAGGAAUUCGUUAACCCAAUAUAGUCAUACCUGAAACAGCUCAUGCAGCUUUUUAUAGAGCAGGAGAGUAUUUUAAAAUAUAAGUAAGAAUUGCUAAAAUUAAUAAUACAACCUUUUAAGUAGAUGUUAAUGAUCUUAGAAGUCAAAUUGAUUCUAAUACAGUUUGUAUUGUUGGAUCUCUCCCAAAUUUUGGAUUUGGAACUUGUGAUCCCAUAGAAGAAUUAGCAUCAAUUGCUAAAAAAAAGAAAAUUGGCUUACAUGUUGAUGCAUGUCUGGGAGGAUUCACUGCUGUUUUUGCAAAAGAUCAUGGGUUUGAUCUAGGUAAAUUUGAUUUCACUUUGGAUGGCGUCACAUCUAUUUCAUGUGAUUAACAUAAGCAUGGCUUAGCUCCUAAAGGGGUUUCAACUGUUUUGUUUAAAACUAAGUAAUUACGUGAACAUGCUUUCUUUUCGAUUGCAACUUGGUCAGGAGGAGCUUAUGCUGUACCAAGUAUUUAAGGCUCUAAGUGUGGAGUUGGUGCCGCUGGUGCAUGGUUCACUCUGUAAUCUAUUGGUAAGAAAAAGUAUGUAGAAUACAGUAAAAAAAUAAUGGAUGCAACCUAAUCUUUGGCUAAAUAAUUAUCUGAAAUACCAGAAAUUAAAGUUUUUGGAAACCCUUAAAUUAAUUGUGUUGCUUUCAUGAGCAAAGAAAGCUGGCUUAAUGCUUAUUCCAUUCAUGAAAUCUUAACUCAUUAAGGUUGGACAAUUAGCAGUGUACAAAAUCCAGCAGGUGUUCAUAUUAGUUUAACCCAACAAAACAUUGUUAAUCUUAAAUAAUAUGUCCAUGAUAUUAAGGCAGCAAUUGAAAAAAUUAAAGCAAAUCCAUAAGUAUACUAAAAAGGUGGAGAAAUGGGAACUUUAUAUGGUACAACCUAAAAAAUCCCAGAUUCUAAAUUAGCAGGCUAAGCUUUAAAAGUUUAUUUGGAUUCAUUAUUAAAGAUAUGA